UCCGGACAAGACGACUUCGUCAAAUAAAGCCAAUCCUCUUGCCACUGUUAUCCCCAAUCCAUUUGCACUAGCAGUUAAGUGAAGGAGGAUGACAAUGGUGCUAAGAAGUGGAGUGAUGGUGUCGCUGACUCUCCAAAUCCGUCGUCGUUUUAUGUCCACUCCCAAAACCACAACACCUUCUCUCCUCUCUUUUCGAAAGCCCCUUUCCCAUUCAAUCCCAGCUUCCAAAACGACGAACGCUUCUUCCCCCUUAUCGGAAACCCUGCUAUUCGUUCCGCCGGGAGUUUUACCCGAUGAGGUUAACGACUCUAUGAUCCUACCCGGAUCCAACAUUGUGGUCGGACCCUACGCCGGCGAUGCCCGAAUAAAGGAGGUUGAGUUCGUGAAGAGUAGUGGUCGAGCUAAGGAUUGCCCUAGGGAUGACCGACCCGAAUUCGCUAUUUUGGGUCGAUCCAAUGUUGGCAAGUCUUCACUCAUCAAUUCCCUUGUUCGCAAAAAAGAGAUUGCACUCACUUCUAAAAAACCAGGGAAGACACAGCUUAUCAAUCACUUCUUGGUGAACAAAACCUGGUACCUUGUGGACUUGCCUGGUUAUGGUUUUGCUAAAGCACCUGAAGCUGCUAAAAUGGAUUGGUCCUCAUUCACGAAAGGGUACUUUUUGAACAGAAGUACUCUGGUGGCCAUCUUGCUUCUCAUUGAUGCAAGUGUUCCACCUCAAAAGAUUGACUUGGAUUGUGCAAAUUGGCUUGGACGUAAUAAUAUACCAAUCACUUUUGUUUUCACAAAAUGCGAUAAAAUGAAGGUGGCAAAGGGUAAACGGCCUGAUGAGAACAUAAGGGAUUUUCAAGAGUUAAUCAGACAAAACUACAAGCAACAUCCCCCAUGGAUUAUGACCAGCAGUGUCACUGGACUAGGCAGAGAUGAGCUUCUCUUGCAUAUGUCUCAGCUAAGAAACUACUGGGAUCAGUAGGAGAAAAGCUUAAAAAGAUGUGACUAAGAGAAGAACAUGCCAUGCACGAGCAAAGUGGAAAUUACAAAAGAUGCAUCUGUACAGAAGAAUCAUGUGAAAAAGCUAUUGGUUGAACUCUGUCACCCAUAAUAUUUCAGCUGGAUCUUUGAACAGGAUGUUUGUUCUCCCUGAACCGCAACCUGAUAUAUACGGUAUCUUACAUGAGAACCAAGUUUGAGUUGUUUCUGGAUACACUGGAUUUUUAUAUGCUGGCUCUGAGUAUCAGGGUUGGGGGUCAUGUUUUAUGCCUGAGGGAGUAGAAAAUCACAGGAAAUAUUGUAUGCUUUCAACAGUGAAACUUAUGGUUUUGUGUUGGCUUUAUUUAUCUUUUUUGUUGCCAGAUGUUUCCGCAUACCAUUUCUUUGGCUUUUAUUUAAGAUUUUCGGGCGGAAAAAUGCAACUUUUGCUACACUCACAUUAUAGAUGCUUUGAUGUAUUUUUUGAGUCUGAGAUAAAUAAAACUAUUGGAA